AUGCCAGCAGAAAGCAUUGUGGAUGGAAAAGAUUUGUCCAACACGGCUCAAGAAGACUUUCUUUCCACUACUGUUGACAAGAUUAAACAGGAACAGGACGAUAUCUUGGAAACUCCUCCUUCUCCUGGUUCGUUACAAAAUCCUCCACCACCUUAUUCACAAUGGGAUGAACUCAGCCUAGAACAAUUAUUAGAAAAAGGUAAAGAGCUCAUCGGACAUACUGAGUCUUUGGCUAAUGGUGGAGGUGAACAAAAAGAACAAAAAGACGGUAAAGUGCUUGACAAGAUGACCCAAUUAGAAUCUCUAGUAUCGUCAUUGCAAACUAUCCUGAACGAUCAAACAUUUGCUAUGCAUGACUUGAGAUCACAAUUAUCAGACAUUCAAAUUGUUCUUCAAAAAAUGCAAGACAAGCAAGAAACGAUAACUAAUGAAGAAAUAAUGAAACAAAGAACCAAUUUAGUUCCUAUCACAUCAUCAGAAAUUUUGAAUGUGUCACCUACCACUGUUCAACCCACUCCAUCAUCUCGUCAAACUUCUCGAGUACCGUCUCGAGCCCCAUCUCGAGCUCCAUCUCGCGUUCCAUCCAGAACUACUUCCCGAGCUCCAUCAAGAGCACCAUCAUCUUCUAGACCAGUAUCACGUGCGGUAUCACCGGCUCAUACUCCCUCGUUGUCUAGAUCAUCAUCUAGAUAUAAACUUGAUCUUCCGACAUCAGAACAUAAGAAUGAUAUUCCAAAAAUAGAAGAGGGAACACAAGAAGCCGUGGAAAAACCUGUUAAAGGUCGUGAGAAGAAGAAACGUGCCCCUUCAACUACAAGCCUUAGAAGAGAAAAAGCUCAUAAACGACAAAAGAGUGUACAUGAAGAAAGAUUUGAACAAGGAAUGUUGGAAUUUAAUAAGAGCAUCGCAGAUUUUACCUCUUUCGUUGAUGAAAUAACUACAGAUAAUGUGCAAGAAGAAUAUGAUCCCUAUAUACAAGAUCCUUACAUACAAUAUACAGAUUCAACGAGAACGCUCAUAGAAAAUCCAAGUGAAAAUCUUGCAGACCUUGAUGAUUUCUCGCAACAGUGCCGUCUUCUUACACGUGCACUUAUCCUUCCAUUCUUGCAUGCGACUCACUCUUUCAUGUCAGAAUCACUUAAGACUACUAAUACGAAUUCACCAAGAAGCAUGACAAGUACUACUAGGACCUUUAUGAAUCUCAUGUACUGGACAUUCUUGUUCACUCUUGGUUCAUUGGUAUUAGAUGCAUGGUUAUGUGAAGUUGCAGGAAGACAAGUUAUUAGAAUGGUUGAUUUAUUAAAACCAGAACCAUUUGUUGUCAGUGAUCAGCAAGAUGGAGGGUUCGGAGUUUUGGGUGACGGUAAAAAAAAAAACGUCAAAUUUCGAACGGGCCCUAAAAUGAAGGCCGUUACGUGGAAAGGGGUAGAGACGGGUGUUGUAGGUAGUGGAAAGAGGUGGUUGAGGGAUGGAAUGAUGAAUUUGAGACGAAAAAGUAGACGUUUGUUAACGAGUGGUAGAUGGAAUAGUUGGGAAAUAUUUAGUAGGACGACGGUGGGACGGUUUGAAGAAGAGUGUAGUGGUGAUGAUAGUGAAGAAUGGGAGAUUGUAGACUUUGAUAGUAGCGAUGGCGAGGAUAGCGGAACUGAGGAGGAUGAAAUUGAAGAAGAUCCAGCAAUUGUUCUCAGACGUAGGAUAACUAAUGAACGAUCUCGGCGUGCCGGACACGUGACUAGCAUGAUAAUUGAUAAAGACUACGCAAAAAAAGAAAUAAUAAAUGAUUUGAUCGAAGCAGACGUGUCCACAGACCAAUCAAAUGACUCACAAGAAAAAGUAGAUCAUUUAUUAGAAAAAAUGACAGAUAUUACAUUUUCAGAAAGUUCAGAAGAUGUUGAUUUAAAUAUACCCGGUUCAUUUCCUUCACAAUUCAGAUGGACGCCACCACCAUCACCAAUUGUCGAUGUAAUAGAAGUAGCAGAAAAUGUAAGACGAGUAACAAGUGUUGUACUACGUCGACCAAAACGUAAUGGACCUUUUGGUGGUAGUGGUUCGUUUUGGAUAAUGAAAACACAUAAAAUAAAAACACGGAGCAUUGAUGUUACUUCUGCUGUUCUUAAAAGUUCAAGUUCUAAAUCUAGUCCAAUAUCAAAGAAAAAGAGCUCAAAAUCACUACCCAAAAGGACAUGGAUAAGACGGAAUAGCAUAUAG